GGUCAGAGUUGAGAGGACAGCAAGAUGGCGGCUCCCAUGUGCGAGCUCUUCUCGUUCUGCAGAGACGCGGCCGCCGGGACACGGGUCGAGGUUCGGUUCAUCAGUAACGUUAAGGGGAAAGGACUCUUCGCCAGUACGGAUAUAAGGAAAGGGGAGACCGUUUUUGUGGAGCAGCCAGUUGUUUCAGCACAGUUCCUCUGGAAUGCCUUAUACAAAUACAAAGCCUGUGAUUACUGUAUGAGGUCCCUGGAAUCAGCUGAGGAGAACAGCCGCAGACUGUCGGGAAACCCCACUUUGAUCCUCCCGCACCCUGAACAGUGCAGCGUCCGGAAGGAGCUCCUGGAUACUUGCCCUGCCUGCAAGGAGCUGUACUGCAGUACUGAGUGCCGCCAGGCUGCAAUGAAGCAGUACCACCAGGUCCUGUGUCUUGGCCCCUCAAAAGAUGACCCUCAGCACCCCCUGAAUCAGCUGCAGGAAGCGUGGCGGAACAUGCACUACCCUCCAGAAACAGCCAGCAUUAUGCUGAUGGUUAGGAUGGUUGCCAUGGUGAAACAGGCUAAAGACAAGGCACGCUGGGUGAAGCUUUUCUCUCAGUUUUGCAGCCGAACAGCCAAUGAAGAGGAGGAGAUCGUUCACAAACUGAUUGGCGACAAAUUCCAGGGUCAGUUGGAAACAUUACGGCAGCUCUUCACCAAAGCUCUCUACGAGGACACCCUCAACCAGUGGUUCACUCCUGAGGGAUUCCGCUCACUCUUCGCGUUGGUUGGAACCAAUGGGCAAGGCAUCGGGACCAGCUCCUUGAGUCAGUGGGUCCAUGGCUGUGAUGCACUCCAGCUUCCUGCACAGGUGAGGGAAGAGCUGGAUGCUUUCAUAGACCAGCUAUACAAAGACAUUGAGAAAGAGAGUGGGGAAUUCCUGAACUGCGAGGGAUCUGGCCUGUACGUGCUGCAAAGCUGCUGUAAUCAUAGCUGUGACCCCAAUGCUGAAACCUCCUUCCCAGAGAACAACUUCCUCCUUCACUUGACUGCGCUCCGUGAUAUCAAAGCAGGAGAGGAAGUGUGCAUCACGUACUUGGACUGCUGUCAGCGAGAUCGGAGCAGGCACACACGACACAGGAUCCUCCGGGAGAAUUAUCUGUUCGUCUGCUCCUGUCCCAAAUGUGUGGCUCAGGCCACUGACCCUGACCUGACCUCAGACGAAGAAGAGGAGAUUGAAGCUGAUGCUGAGAGUGCUGAGCUGGAAGAUGAGAUGACCGAUGUGUAAGGCAGUGACUGGGCACAGGGUUCCACAGAAACACGGCUGUGCCAGAGGCCCUUUUCCAACAAUGCAAUAACCACAGCUAGACAUCAUUAUCACACAUACACAUGUGCGCACACACACACACACACACAAGAAAUACAAAUCUGUACAAGCACUGGGCAGGCUGGUUCCUCAAUCACACCAGUUGCUUCAUGUGAGUGAGGAAGAUAGUUGCUGUUUUCGGGAGGGGGUUGUUGUUCAAGGGGGCAGUCUCCUGUUCCCCAUGAGCACUGCCUUCCAUUACCUUCUCCUCCUGCAAAAUUGUCACCUUCUGAUGUCUGCCUUCUUGCCCCCCUCCACCAGGUGUGCUGGUGGGUGUAAUCAGAACCUGUGCCAUAGACACCUCUGUGACGGCAGCCCUGUGAUGUACAGUGACGGACCGGGCUUGGAGGGGGUGGGGUGGGUGGCGAUGGGGUGGGGAGGGUCAGCGAGGAACAGCCAGAAACUGACGUUUGAGUUUCGGUCACUGUUGAGUGAUCCCUCUUGCCAAGUGAGUCGACGCAGCCUGAAGCAUUGCAUUCCCCUCAAUGCUGCCUCCCCUCCCCUAGUGGGAUAGCCCUCCCAUCCACACCCUGUCUUGGUAGAUGCUGGAUGAGAUUACAGAGAGGUGGCCAGUAGAUCCCUGAGCCUAUUCCCCAGCCCAACCAGCACCUCCAUGAAGGUGAAAGCAAGGGUUCAGGCCGGAGAGCCUAGAGGGCAGGUUACAGUUAUAUUAAAUUCUGGUGUAACAUGCACUCUCUCCAGCUGCAAGAGAAUUAUUUAAAAUGGAUCUAAAAUCCAGUUGGCUCCAGUUCAGCUGAUGUGCUGAGAGACAACAGCUGGUUACAGUGUGCUGUGUGAGAAUGUGAUUUCUGAUGUUUGCAUUUUGUUGCUGUCUAGUUUGUGUGUGUGGGUUCCUGUCUUGGUGUGGGACUGCAUGUGUGGGUGGUGGGGGGGGCGGGAUGAUGGGCAGGGGCUGAGUAGUUCUCUGUCUUGGUUCGUGUUCUGUCUGGGUGGAUGUGGGUGUGUGUGUGUACGUCUGUCUCAGUUACACACACACACACACACACACACACACACACAUCUCUUGCUGUGGGAUGUUUGUCUCUUUCUGUGUCUGUUCCACUAUCUGCCUUGGGGAUAAGGUAGCAGUCUCUAGUGCCUGGGUCUUUUUAACUCCACACGAGUAAGUGAGACUGUCUGUCUGCCAAUCUAUUGCUGGGCCUACAGUAACCUGUGAGCUGCUCCUCAGUGGCCCAGAGUCCUGACAUGUUCCUAUUCACGGCCUACCUGUCUGUGUGUGUGUCCCUCUCUCUCUCUCUCUCUCUCCUUUCUCUCUCUGUCCUCCCUGCACAGUGACAGGACACAGUGGAGUCAGACAUUGUAUGUGGGCAAUUCAUUGAUGUGAUUGCUUUAUGUAGGUCAUUGCAGCAAAAGGCUGUUUGGCCCAUCUGGUCCUUCCUGCUGUUCAUGGUCCUCACCAGCCUUUUCCCAAUUCUCUGUCUCGCUUCAUUAGUGAUUUCCCUGAGUUGUAUCGUUAGUCUCUUCCGGGGAGAGUAGGAGUGAACAAGGAAUGUUCAGUUUCACGUCAUUCAUCUACCAUGGAGUAGGGCAACAGCUCUCGUUGCUUUCCAGUAACCCUGGGACCAGGAUCAGGGGGAACUUGGAGGCUGCUAAGGGAGGGUAAGAGGUGCUGAACUGUUCCUAUCCUGAUCACAAUUCUGCUGAGUAAAGAGUGUGGGGGCGGGGGGGAAUUGGUGGAUAAGGGCCAUAAUUGGAAAGGCCACCAGUGACAUGAGGUGGGAGUGGGGGGGGGUCACUAUGCUGAGGCUGGUGUAUCCCAGGUCCCAGUGCGAACUUUGUGAAGUUGGGGGGGGGGAAAUGGGGAGCGGUAAAGAGAUGAUUUUGCAUAUAGUCUAGAAAGAUUCUAUAUCAAUACUUAGUUUUAGGAUAGGCUAUAACUUAGAGCAGUCAGGCUCCACUUGGGUCAGCAGUGUAGCAGCUUCCCAUUUAAUCAUCACAGAUUCUCACAGCACUGAGGCGUGACCAAUCUGCAUGUAUUCAAUAAAAUGAUGGAAAACA